AUGUUCCCAAGUCGCGCAGGUUUGUGCAUACGCACGUUCCUGCUUGCACUGUUCCUUGCACUGUUGCUUUUGUUAACCUACAGCCAACCAUUUGUACGCUGGCACAGCCAAAAAGAAGGAUCCCAUGCCAUUUCAAACAGUCAUGCGGGAUCAGAUCAGCAGGUCCACCGUCUCUGGCGCCAUGAUCUCGCUGGCCACAUCGAUUUUUGGCGUCAAUUCCAACCCUUGCUUACCGCUUACGAGCCGAAAUGCUUGCCACCGCUUAGACUGGGAAUGGCCCCUUCGAUCCGGUUCGAGCAGGCGAACCACGACGACCAAGCUGAGUAUCUCGAUCUUCUUCCCAUGGACGUUGAGGACUUGACCAGAUCACAUGAUGGCUUCGUGAAUGCGAUUCAAUCCAAUCCCCCUCAACUAAACUACACUCGCAACACACGCGGCCUCAUUUCCACCGCAGGAGGGUCCUACCUCCCAGUGCUGGUCAUAUCCCUUCGGAUGCUCCGACGAACAGGUUCUCAGCUCCCCGUGGAAGUCUUUCUCGCCAGCGAAGAAGAGUACGAGAGCUACAUCUGCGACAAGGUCCUCCCAUCGCUAAACGCGCAAUGCAUCGUCCUCUCCGCCAUUCUCUCCGCCAUUCCGCACGCGACCCAGGUCCAAAAAUACCAAUUCAAGCUCCUCGCCAUGCUCUUCUCCUCCUUUGAAGAGAUACUCUUUCUCGACGCUGACGCCUUUGCCCUCUCCCCCCCAGAGUCCCUCUUCACCAGCGAGCCCUUCAUCACUCAUGGCAUGAUCACCUGGCCCGACUUCUGGGCCUCCACCAUAUCGCCCUACUACUACGAGAUCACCAACCAACCCAUCCCCGACCCUCCAACCCGCCAGUCCAGCGAAUCCGGCGAGGUACUCCUCUCGAAGAAGACCCACCUGAGAACCCUUCUCCUCAGCACCUACUACAACAUCCACGGCCCUGACUUCUAUUACCCACUCUUGUCGCAAGGCGCCGCCGGUGAAGGCGACAAGGAAACUUUUGUCACUGCCGCCAUGACCCUGGGUGAAUUGCACUACCAGGUUUCCGAGCCCAUCUGCGCGAUCGGUCAUACCACGGAGCGUGGUUUCGCCGGAUCCGCCAUGGUACAGUUCGACCCUAUAGAGGAUUUCCGCCGCUACCUCCAUCGCGACAAUACGCGGAAGCAUCAAUUAGGGCACGGCGCUUUCAUCACUAGCACUGCGGCCAGUCCCCCUCCCCGCGCUUUCUUUGUCCACGCCAACUACCCCAAAUUCGACCCAGCGACUGUCUUCGAUGAGCAUGAGGUCAACCCCACCAAAGGUGAUGAUGGCCGCUUCACCCGGGCAUGGACGGGUCCACUAGAUAUCAUCCAGGGGUUCGGUAGGGACGUGGAGAGGGAAUUCUGGGAAGAGAUUCAGUGGACGGCGUGCGAGCUGGAGGGGAAAUUCCGUGCCUGGAAGGGGAAGACGGGGAUCUGUAAGAGGGUGAAAAGGUACUACAAAACUCUAUAUGAGGGCCGAUGGUGGGAUUGA